AUGAGCGCGCCGCCGCCGUCGUCGUCGUCGUCGCGGCCGCGCACGUCCGCGCUCGAGCGGUUCCGAAGCAAGCGCGAGGCCGGCGGCGCGGUCGCGCGGAGCCUCGGCGCGCGCUUCGGCGAGGAAGAGAACGUGGAGCCAUCAUCAUCUUCCGCGGAUCUCGCGAGAGGAUCUCGGGGCGCGGACCAUCACCAUCAACGUCCUUAUCCGUCCAGCGGCGACGCGGCGCCGCCGCGGAGCAGCACGACGGACCGGCUCGCGGCGCUGAAAGCGCGGCGGUCCGCGGCGCGGCCGUCGAGCGGACGCGUCGGCGUCGCGUCCGCGGCGCCGUCGCCGGCGCCGUCGCGAAAUCACGACGACGACGACGACGACCUCGUCGACGCGUCGCCGUCGUCGUCGUCGCUCCCGUCCGCGGGGAAGCCCCCGAUGACGCCGUGGAGCGGCGGUUCUUCGGGAUCCUACGCGCGUCGGUACGCCGCGACCCCGGGCGGCGGGCCCCUCAGCGCCGACCGCCCGGGGUCGCGCGCGCACGGUUUGACCCCGGGGCAGCCGGCGUCGCGCCUUCAGAAUCGAUUCGCGGGCGGCGGCGGCGGGCUUCUUCAUCGACCAGGCAGCGCGCGGUCCAACCUGUCCACGCCUUCGUCGGCGUCGUCGCAUUCAUCCCGUCGCGCGCCGAAACCGCCGCAGGAGCCCGCGCACGUGGCGCUCCUCCGCGGCAGCGUGAACCCGAAGAUCGUAUUCGGAGCGCCGGCGAAGAGUGCGGCGAGAGGAGGCGCGAGGUCGAAAGGCGGAGGAGGAGGAAGAGAAGGAGGAAAGAACUACGACGACGACGACGCGACGGAGCCGACGACGAUGUCGGUGACGGCGGCGCCGGAGGGGUCGUUCGCCGCGGGAGGCGGCGUGACCGUCACGAUGUGCCGCCCGAAGACGGCGCGUUCUAUCUCACGCUGGUUCCCAUACGACCCCGCACGCGUUGUGCUCGCCGAUCCUUAA